CGCGCAGCCCGGCGUCGCUCCUCGCACGUGCAACCCGGGCCGAUGUCGAGCCCUCCAGGAUUGGCGUUGCAGCGAGAGGGUCUGGGCUUCGACGGCGCCCGCGACAUCUCCCUAACCAUCAAUCCCAUGCACACGCUGCGCAGCAUCGCGCAACACGCUCACUGCCCGUCGCUCUCCGCAAAUCCACGCUCACUAGCCCCCCCCGCGCGCCAGUGACGGCAGCCACGCCCACGCCCGCUCCCUGCAUCGCCGCCGCAACCCCGCCCGUUGAGCAGCCACUGCACGUCUGCAUCUCGUUUGAUAUUCGCUCGCAACAGCUCAUGAGGCAAGAGGAGGACGCCGCCGUGAUACAGGCAUGCGAUGCGGCUGGGAGCCCUAUGGUUAAGGCACGCUCAUGACGCCACCCGUGCGCUCCGUCAACGCGCAGGGCGACGCGCCAGCCGACCAGGUCUCACUGCUUGCGCCCUCGAGAGGUAGAGAUGGCCGCUCGUUGUCCUCAGCUGCGACCAGCGUCAUGGCCGGCUCGCGCGGGCAGGCCUCGUACGCGACCGCCAGGGAGGCGCCGGGCAGCUUCAGCUCGCAGUUGAGGCCCACAACGUCGCAUGAUGGCCGCUUACGUCCUGACUUCGACAUGCAUGCCAUCACGGUGGGCGAUGACAGCUCGACCACUACCGAGCAGAGGCAGGCUGAGCUGCAGGACCAGAUCGAGAAGGAGACAAAGAUCAAGAUCGGGUCGGAGAAUCUGCUGGAGGCAUUGAAUGCGAAGAAUGCAAAGAACACCAAAGACCAGCGGUUGCAGGUGGAGGAACAGCUGAACUUGUCGAACAGGAAGCUGGCACAGUUGAAGUCGGGAUUGGCGGCUGAAAUACAAAAAGCGAAGGAAGUCAAGUCUCCGCCUCCAGACCCGCAGAGUCGGCUCUCGUACCUCUUCCGGAGGAAUCUUUCUCGAUCGCCCUCGCGCCAUGUCGUCCAAAAAGAGGAAGAGGAGGAAGAAGAGACGGAGUCGCCUACCUUCGUUCUGGCCGAGAUACUCCAAGCACUAGAGGCAGAGGGCAUGCAGCCAGAGUACUAUGUGGAAAGGGCGAAUUCGCUGGUGGAUCUCUUUAAGCGGCACCCGACCUUGAAGUACGAUCUGGCCUGGUCAAUAUUUGGCUUGCGGAUGCAAACCAUGCUUCUAAGCGAAAGCCGAGAGGUCGUUGCCGCCGCCUAUCGAGUGAUGCGCUACGCUAUCACAGACCGCAAAUCUCUCCAGGUCAUUCGCGGGCUGCAUACCGAUUAUCUGGUCAUCCUUUCGCUUGUGAAGGAAAGCAAAGCCAGCGUGGAAAGAGAGCAGGCGCUCAAAUUCGUACGUGCCUUCCUAGACGUCAAAAACGGGGUGGAGGAGAUCUCCCGCGCCGUUAUCCGCAUUAUUGUCGCUGUGUCCGAGCACAGUGAUGAUCGACUCAGAAAUAUAGCUAUUCUCACUCUGACCGAGAUCCUCGUACGAAAGCCCGCGCUUCUGGUCUCCUCCGGGGGUAUGGGCACCCUGACCGAUGCUCUCGGAGAAGGGAACUACCAUGCAGCGGAGAGCGUUGGAAGCGCUUUCGUGUACCUGCUAGAUACCCCUCAAAGGCGGCAAUUCUUCAGGUCUGGGCACGAGCUCGAAUCCCCUUUUGCCAUGUUUACGGACGCUGGCGCAACUCAUGGCCACCUCCACGAAGAGAAGUUGAAAGCAAACGCCAAGGUGAUCGCAUCUCUCUUCAGAAGUUGGCCCGGUUUGCUCGCACUUUGCAUGGACAAUUUCAUGCCGAUUCGAUCUCUUCUCAUGUCACUGCAAAUCGAGACCCCGCAUGUGCGAAAUAUUCUCCUGGAAUUACUGUUCGACAUCCUCCGCAUCAAGCCCCCAUCAUGGUCCUCUUCUUUCCUGGCUGGCCGACGAUUGACCACCUAUGGCCGCGUCACCAACCUCAAGAGUCAGCCGGCCCAGGACUCUUCGAGCACUAACACUGAUCCCGCGAACAAGUGGAAUCUGUUGGAGCAUUAUGUAUCAGUUGUGCUGGCUGCAUUCCUACAUGCUGGCUUAGUCCCCGCUUUGCUCCAUGCUGAAGAGGAACCGCUUACCCUGCCAUUAAAGAGGAAGACUACUCUCCUGCUUGGCGAGGUCCUGAAGAUGGCGAAUGAACUGUUACCGCCUUCAUGGAGCGCGGAGCUUCAGGUGCUUCCUCAACUUCUGAAGUCAGCCUCCAAAUUCCAGACUGAGGACAGGUUCGUCGCCAUCGGGACGAUCUAUCAGGUAGACAGCGUCAACAGGACUCUAUACCGUUCAGGCCCCACUUCUCUUUACGCUAGCAAAGCUACCACCACAAACGACAGUACUACUUCAAGUCGCCAGACAGACCAGUCCAAAGCACAGGCGGCAAUGCAGAUGGAUGAAACGACGUUCCGAAAUAUGAUGGUUGACACCCAGGUCCUGAACACCGUCACUUUCCAAAAGUGGAGAUGGGAUCUCAUCCUAAACAUCAUCGAGGGACCUCUGCUCAACGCGAAGCGGCUCGACGAAGCCAUGAAAGCCACCAAGUUCAUUCACCGUUUACUUGGGUUUUAUCGCCCAUUCAAGUAUCGAUUUUCUGAUGUCAAGAACACCAAACCAAAUCAACGAUAUGUCCGAGCGGGCUGUGCUCUCAUGCACAGCCUGCUACAGAACCCAGAAGGCGUUCGAUAUCUCAGUGAUAGCAAGUUCAUCCGGCAACUUGCAGAGUGCUUGUCUCACUUUGAUCGAAUGAGCGGACUUACGUCCGAAUCCCCCAUGUUCCAAGUCGAUCGAAUGAAUGAGACGCUUACCGGAGGGUACUUUGCGCUUUUGGGUGCCUUGACCAAGGAUGCCAAAGGUAGUCAGAUUCUGGAACGCUGGAGGGUUCUCAAUAUGUUCUAUCAUAUCAUAGAACUCCAUGACCGCGAUGACUUGAUUCGCACAUUGCUCAGCAACAUGGACUACACGUUGGACGGACAUCUACGCAUCAUCAUCUCAAAAGCCAUGACGUCCUGUUCGAAAGAGAUACGGAUGUUCUCCACCAGACUCCUUCGCAAGUACGCAACAAAGCCGAUGCAACCUACGGACUCUUCAGGUGUCGCAGAGUGGGCAAUAAAGCUGUUGGUAACGCAGCUCUAUGACCCAGAUGUUGAAGUCUGCGAAGUCGCUAUUAAGAUCCUAGAAGAGGCAUGCAACCAAACAGAGUCAUUGGAAUACGUUGUAAAAUGCCGGCCCGCGUUGGACCACUUAGGCGAAAUCGGCGCCCCUCUGCUGCUUCGCUUCCUGUCCACCUCGGUAGGCUACCACUAUUUAGAUGGAUUGGAUUACAUCACGAGAGAAAUGGACGACUGGUUCCUGGGACGGAACGACACCUAUGUCGCGUUGAUUGAAGCUUCAAUGGCUCGGGCUCUUGCUGAUAUCCCCGAGAAACCUUCAACGCAGCUGUCCUACGAUGAUGCACCAGAACACCCCGAAUACGGCCUUGUGCCACCCCAUUUUUACCGCGAACUCACACGGACAAAGGAAGGGUGCAAGCUUCUCAAGCAGAAAGGGCACUUCGACGAGUUUGCAGCCACGAUUCGCGACUUCGCGAUGGAGCACGAAGACGCUGAAACCAUAUUGAAGGUCAAAGGGUGCUUGUGGGCUGUCGGGAAUGUCGGCUCCAUGGAGCUCGGAGCUCCAUUUCUUGAAAGCUCAGAUGUCGUGAAAUGGAUCGUGCAGAUUGCCGAGACGUCCCAAGUCAUGUCGCUCAGGGGCACAGCGUUCUAUGUGCUUGGGCUGAUCUCCCGCAGUCUCCACGGACAGGAGAUCCUGGUCGAAUACGGUUGGGACGGCGUUGUCAACGAGGCUGGGGAAGCGUUGGGGUUUUGCCUACCGUUGGAUUUCAAGAAGCUCUUCUCGAUGACGCCGUGGGCAGCCAAGGCGGACAACAUCAGCUGGAGGCGCAAAGCGGAGGUCAGGGUUGGUGUUACCGACAGUGAUGCGGUGAAUGCGCGUAUUUUGAAGCUUGCGACCGACCUGGGUAACACGGUGCUGGCCAAGAAGGCAGCAAACGACCUCCAAGCGAUCAAAGCAAAGAAAGCGCCGGGGUUCGCUAAGCCGGCAAUCUUCCACAAGGUCAUGCAAAUACUCGAAGCCCACCACUUCCGGCUGCCGGCUUGUCGAUUCAUUCUGGACCUGUUCGACAAGUCUGUGCUUCAGCAAAUUGUGCUAGAGGAGGAAGACCAGGACGAAGACAGCAGUGAUUCGGGGCUAGCAGUGGAGCAGGCCGGUACAAACGGCAUGCCGAAAGCAUCUUGAGUCGUUCAGGGGUGCAAAAUCAGGGUCUGGUGUUGGCGUUCGGAUAUGUAACAAGAAGUUCUUUGUACACUAGGAUGUGUGGCUUGGGCGUUCCAAGGUUGGGUUCACGUUGUUGCAUAUGGAGUUCUCUGGACCCGCCUGGGAGGGCCCACAGAAUAUGGACUGGUUUGGGAAUAUUUUAGCGAGGUCGAAUCGAUGUCAGCGACAUAUCGGCCGCAGUGUUGACAGGACUUGCAGUGGGCGGGCCAGCGGUGGCAACCGAUGGUGCUAGGACUUAGAUUGCACGUUGUAGCCAAGAGAAUGUCGAGUCGAAUGUCUCCAACAGGCGUCGCGCGUGGCAG